CCCGCGUCGGCAUUGGGUUUCUUAAAAGAUAUAUCUACGACUCUUGGCUUGUGUCCCGGCAUGUGGCCACAUCCCUCAAUGAAGCACCAUAUUUGACGGCUGCCGCCAUGUUACAUUAUCCUCUUCACAGCCAGAAUGUCUGACCCCUUGGUUACUCAAGCGAUUGCCGACGGGAGGGUUCCUCCCGGAAUCACAGCCCAGUAUCUGAAUCAAAGCAAAGACGCGUCUGCCAUUGUUGGCAUCAUCUUUGUCACCAUUUUCGCCAGUUGUGUCGUUGCCGUUCGACUCUUCUCGCGAGCCUUCCUCCUCCAUCGAUUCGGUCUCGAUGAUUGUCUGACUGUGGCCUCUUGGGUGUUAUUUAUUCCCUUUGUUGGGUUGUGCAUCAAAUUGAUCCGGUUGGGGUCCGGUCGACAUUUUGACUACAUACAAUAUGUCCUCGAUAUGCCAACCAUACAGAGGACGGAAGUCCUCGAUUUUGUCGCGCACAUCCUCUACACGACUUCGUUGCUGCUCUGCCGGCUUUCUGGCUUGGCGUUCUACCAUCGGCUGUGCUCGGUCAACCCGCGAUUUUUGCUAGCCAUCAAGAUUGUCUUUGCGAUCAUGAUUAUCGGCUAUAUUUCACAGCUCUUCCUGAUCAUCCUCCACUGCAUACCCGUCACAGGCCUCUGGCCUUAUACUUUCCAGCCAGACUACGACAAGUACAGAUGCUUGCAGUGGGGUCUCGUGUACAGCGUGAACUCGGCCGUCUCCCUGGCCUGCGAUCUGUUUCUCUUUGGUAUUCCUGUCCUCAUGAUCAGGAUGCUCAACAUCUCGCGCAAGAAGAAGAUCCAGCUGGGUGGGAUUCUUCUCCCGGGAAUUCUUGUCAUUGGGAUAUCCGUCACUCGGCUCGUCUUUGUUAUUGAGGGGCAAUGGAAUGUGGACAUGUCCUGGGCUUACGAUCCAAUGCUCGCCAUCGAGGUCACCGAAAUCGGCGCCACUCUCGUUGCCCUCUCCGUACCUGGAGUCAAACCUUUCAUCGACAAGUUCGUUCUUCGCCGGAACAUCCUUAGCGAAGACGACACCAAGGGCCACUCGAGAUACGGCGAUCAGUCUACUAGUCAGCGAGGCGACAUAGCCCUGCAUUCUCUCAACUUGCGCUCGGCGUACGAUGGCAGACAGGAUCACUUGCGCGAGAACGAACACGAGGCAUCGGCGCAAGGGUUUGGGAAUUUUCGAACCCGGAACAAGUUCGGUGACGACCAGAGCGAUAACAGUGUCAAUGGCAUCUUGAUACACGUUGACUUCCAGGUGAAAGAGGUCUCUGCUCGCCGGGAAUCGAAUGCGCAUGCCGCAUCACAAGCGUCUAGUUCCACUAGUUAGAAUUGUCCGCGUGUCGUAGUAAAUGUCUACGGUGCUUCUCGGCUGGAAAGAAUUUGAUUGUUG